UUCUGUAUGGAAACAUGUCAACGCUACAUAGACUUCGGAGUUUGUUAAAAACUCUCGGAUUUAAACCUAAUUAUGCAGGCAUAUCAAACGAACAACGUCGUAAUAUUGUUUUAACUCCGUGUUUGGCUUCAAUGAGAGCUGUCAGCUCUUACAGUAAAGACUUAAAGGAUGUUUGUCACAGUAAUGCAGUUAAAGGGCGCCUGACGCUGAACUCUUUCAGCACAGUUACAGUCAACAGACUCUGCUGGAAAUGCGGAGCCUCUGCUGAUUUAUUCUUCUGUUCAAUUUGUAAAGUGAUUCAACCUCCUGAUAACAAGACCAGUUAUUUUGACAUCUUGAACUGCGAAGAACAUUUUACUUUGGACACCCUGAAGCUUCAGCAGAAAUUUGUGGCACUGCAAAGAUUUCUCCAUCCUGACAACUUCACCCAGAAAUCACAGAAAGAGCAGGAAUAUUCAGAAGAACAGUCGGCGCUGGUGAACAAAGCCUACAGAACGCUGCAGAAACCUCUGAGUCGCGCCGUCUACAUGCUGGAGCUGCGAGGGGUUUUGCUGGAGGAAGGAAUGGAUGCCACGGCAGACCCUGCGUUUCUCCUGGAGGUGAUGGAGAUCAACGAGAGCCUCGCCGAGACGCGGAGCCAAGACGAGGUCAGCGCCAUCGGCCGGUUGGUGCAAGGGAAACUCAAAGACUUGACUGAACGGAUGAAUUCGUCCCUGAACAGAGGGGAUCUGCUGGCCGCCAAAGUGCUCCUAAACCAAAUGAAGUACUUCACAAAUAUCCAGGAGAAGGUAAAAGACAGAAUCACACAGGGUUGCUGAGGGAAAACUGUUUGCUAUUUGUAAUCCGUCCGAAAGAGUUCACAGAGUUUUUAUCUUACUGUAAUAUUUAUUGUUAUUAGUGUUGGUUUAUUGUUUGUAACCAAAUAAAGUACUUUUAUUUUAAUCCUA